AGUGGGUGAGCAGCUCCGAACAUGAACGCGUCUCCUCCCCUUUAAUCAAGAGGAAGCCUUCUCAGGGGGACGUCAAACACGCGCAAGUUGACAAAUCAACAUCGAUCGAUUAUGGAAUCAAUGAAACGCUCGUGCAUGCGGAACUGACCGCCAGAUCGCGCGCCCCUCCGCCUUUCUCACUCGGUGCUUCUAAAUCAACAGCAACGUCGCCGGACGCGCACCGUUUCUGCUCGCUCGAAUCCUGGGCUGGAAGACACGGGAGCCUUCGACCGAGCGACCGACUAAGCUUCACACAUUGUAAUCCAUGGAGGGGGUCGGCGGCAACAGGAGCAUGUCGUACAGCCGAUGGAGCUAUGACAGCACUUUAGAUGAUGAGGGCACCAACUUCCGACAACAGAAGCUUGAUCGGCAGCGAGUGCUCCUUGAACAAAAGCAGAAGAAGAAGCGUCAAGAACCCCUGAUGGUCCAGUCUAAUGUGGAUGGACGAUCUCGCACCCGUCGCACCAAACAGAGUGAGGAGCAGGCUCCUUUGGUGGAAUCCUACCUCAGCAGUAACAGCAGCACCAUCUACCAUGUGCAAGAAGCCAAGCAGGAGGAGCUGAAGAUGAAAGCAGACCUGCAGCCGCCUCGCUCAGCAAAAAAAGGCAGAGCGUCAGCCAGCUCCACUCCUCAAACAGGCAGCGACAAGAAGGAGAGGAGAGGGAAGCACAAAGGCAUGGACAGCCUGGCCUGCCAGUCAGAGGACGGCCAAAUCCAAAUUCUAACAGUGGGUCACCCCUCGGCAGAGGAUGGCGAGAGCGAGUCAGUUAUGAGCUGCACUCCGUCACAGAGCAAGCAGGACCUACGGGUGACCAUGCUCAAAAAAGGCAUAUCAAGCAGUAUGAAUUUUGAUGAGGAAGAAGAUGAUGACGAUGAAAUUAGCUCAACUUCCUCACAGCUCAAUAACAACACAAGACCAGGCUCGGCCACCAGUAAAAAGUCUUGCAAGGAGGUUGCAUCAGCACCAACUCCACCGGUCAAUGAACCGGCCAUUGAUGUGGAAGACCUUGAAGAGUUUUCAUUGCGACCUGCACCGCAGGGGGUCCGAGUGAAGUGUAGAAUCACCAGGGAUAAGAAAGGCAUGGACAGAGGCAUGUAUCCCACCUAUUACCUGCACUUGGAACGAGAAGAUGGCAAGAAGGUGUUUCUGUUAGCGGGCCGGAAGAGAAAAAAGAGUAAAACCUCCAAUUACCUCAUCUCCAUUGAUCCCACUGAUCUGUCCAGAGGUGGAGAAAGCUUCAUUGGUAAAUUGAGGUCAAAUCUCAUGGGGACCAAGUUCACUGUAUAUGACAGUGGUGUCAACCCUAUGAAGACCACCACCAGCCUUGAGGACAGCAACAUGCGCCAAGAGCUCGCAGCCAUCUGCUAUGAGACCAAUGUCUUGGGAUUCAAGGGACCUCGUAAAAUGAGCGUUAUUAUCCCAGGAAUGAACAUGGACCAUGAGAGAGUGUCACUUCGCCCACGGAAUGAACAUGAGUCAUUGCUGGCAAGGUGGCAGAACAAGAACACAGAGAGUGUUAUUGAACUUCAUAACAAAACUCCAGUGUGGAAUGAUGACACACAAUCGUAUGUGCUCAACUUCCACGGCAGAGUCACUCAGGCCUCUGUCAAAAAUUUCCAAAUCAUUCACGACAACGACCCUGACUACAUUGUGAUGCAGUUUGGGCGUGUAGCAGAGGACGUCUUCACCAUGGACUAUAACUACCCAAUGUGCGCCCUUCAAGCCUUUGCCAUCGCUCUUUCCAGCUUCGACAGCAAGUUAGCUUGCGAAUAGAUAGCAGCCUAAAGGCCAUCUGGUCUAUGUGUGGUCUCAUCAAGGACUGUUCAUGUAACACUCGGGCUGCAAACUCCAAAACACAGAGUACCACGGGCAUCCUGCGUAUCACAAAAUGCUUUGUUGGCCUCAAGUUCUGCAUGGAUGCGUGUGGUGGGGUGGGGUGGCCAGCAAAGAUGCUCAGUAAAGGGCAUCAAGCACAAAGUGUACUCCACUUUAAAAAAAAAAAAAAAACAGUUUGUUUUGUUAAAAUUUUGGAGUAUCUGUAUAUUCUAAAGAACCACUGUUCCUUUUAAGUACCAGCUAGAGCGGUUUAACAUUGCGACUAAUGUGACUAAUAAUUAAUUGCAUACUGUACAUUUUUUAAGUUCGCUACAUCUUAUGUACCUGUCAUGAAAAUAACCCAAGGUUAAACAAAAACAAAAAGCCCACAUCCUCAAGCAUGAAUACUUAUACGAUUUCCUAGAUUCAAAAUAACACGCAUGUCAAAAGCUAUUUAUUUUGUUAUUUAUGUAUUUAUUCUAUGAUUUGUUCUUUGGACAGUAUUGGCUCUGUGGAGCUACAAGCACAUCAAAGACAAAACAUCCACACAAAACGAUUGGACCUGAGCAGGGCAAAAACAUGUUAACCUGUGCUGUGUACCGUACAAUAUUGUCGUCACUGGGUCACACAUGUGAAUGUAUAGAAUAAUGGUGCACUUUAAUUUAAAGUCGGUCGUGGAUGAGAUAGUUGUAAAUCCUUUCGUGUGCCUUUGAUUACUGCAGUGUGGUGCUUUGGCUGUUAAGUAAGCGCUUUCUGUUCUUGCUAAGCUUACAUGCACUUGGUAGGUUGCAAUCACUAAACGGUCGACAGGCACUGGCGGACCUAGGAUUUUUUUCAUUUGGCGCCCUAUGGAGGUGCCAGGGAUGUAUCUGAGGGUCUGUAAAACAAACAAGCACAAGCUUACAAACCCAAAAGAUUCCCAAAAAAACCCUCCUUAUUUGUUCUCAUCUAGGGACAGGUGUAAACGUGUGUGUGUGUGGGGGGGGGGGGGGGGGGGGUGAUCCUGGAAAAAUCAGAAAAUUCCCAAAAGUAAAUGAUAUAGCCUGGCAUCUGGGGGGGUCUAAUCAUAUUCCUGGGCGAGUGCCCCCUUCCCUCCCUAGUUCCGCCAGUGUAGAAAGGCAUAGAGUUGCUUUAAAUGAUUCAAACAUUAUUGAUUAGAAGCCCAAAUAGAAGAAUCUGUUCCAUUAUGACUUGCUUCGAGAUUAUAUUCUUGAAGUCUCAUUACAUUUCACUCCGAUGUAAAAUUGUGCUUUUGUCUGAUGUCUCUUGAAAUUGUAACAAAGGACAUGGAUUUGUCACAGCCUAUUGCAUCGAUUUGCGUCUUCGAAAUAUUUUUAUACUCCUCUGAUGAGACAGUUGAGUACGUUCAUCAUCUAAAAAGCAGUAGCCUAAGUUUCUAUAGAGAAGUUUAGGCGCUGGGUGACUUCCUUUCUCAACAUUUUGUACUUUACCAUUAUUAAAAAAAGAAAAACGAAUGAAGGCAAAGAACAAUCUCUGAUUCCACAAAUGUGGAAUACAGUGGAUCACGAGGAAAUCUUUAUCAGAUGUGCUAUUCUUGUACUUAAUUGUGUUCUAACUAUUCUGGAUUUCUAUUGCAAAAUUGUUGAUACUUUGCUGUGAAGUCUGCUUUUCGGUUCGUGUUCAUAAUCCCCUGCUUCUCUCACUUUGUUUUCAGUGCUUGUGAUGAUGUACAGUGAAUGCCGUAUGUAUGAAUUAUGUGAUGGUAUAAACACUCUUUGAUUAUGACAACAAA